UGCGCGUGCCGACGUGCGUCAAAACAAAGCACGGCAGCGCUGCCCUCCCGGCGGGCAGCAUUUUAUCGCGAUUGUCCGUGGCGGCAGGUUGCAUCUCGUCGCGUUGCUCGUCCCGUCAGCACAGCGUCCUGUCUCGCGCGCGCACACGCACACGUUUACGUUUGCAUUUCUGCGUCUCUCGUUCCUGGUGCUCACCCUCGUCUCUUUCUAUUUCCUCGUCGCGAACGAGUACUCCUAUACGAGUGCCACGUACGGCGCAUCGUACACGGCGAUGUCGUCCACGGCGAAGUAUACGUCGGAUGAGCAGCUGAGCGAGUCCUGGGUGGAUUUGGUGCCGGACCCACCACUGGCAGCCCGGAUAACGCCGACGCCAUUCAGCAUAACCGGUGAACGCGAAUACUUGCGACUUCUUAGGGAAGCACAAAGGGAUUCCACACAUUCGUCCGCGAAGCAUUCCCUGGCGUCCUCGCGCCGGGAUACUCCGAGGGAUAGCCCGAAGAGCCCGCCGAACAGCCCGAACACAGAACUCUCAACCGAAGAUGAGCUCAAAGGAGUCUACAUAAAUUACGGCUGUAACAAGGAGGGCGAGCUUCUCGAGAAGAACACAGACUGGAUUUACGAAUGGAGCUCUCGACCGGACCAGGCACCUCCAAAAGACUGGAAGUUCAAACACCCCUUGGGUAGUAAGAGAAAAACAUACAGCAUCCGCACCGCGAAAGUUGGCAAGAACGGAUUGUUUUCCAAGGAGGUCAUUUAUACUCUAUUCUUCACGAAUCUUCUUUCUCUGCUCAUUGGAACCGGUCUAGGCGUUUUGCUCACCAGGCGAGGCUUGAUGAUGUCCCGUGUCGCUAUUGAAUGAAGGACACGACUCCGGGUGUGUCAGCAUCAGGAUUGUCACGGUUGAAUCUACGCUGAGAGGAAGGCUAGAGACGCAAGAAAGACUGAACAAGCCGGUGGGCGAUCGAGCCUAAAAACAGUUACACGCAGCACAUAAUUCGAUUGUCCCGAUUUAUAAUAUUAGCACUUUGUAUUAUAUAUUAGCACUUUUACUCUCCCAAACCCCCUUACUGUACGAUGUACUUCUCAAAAAUUGCGUAUACCAGAUAUAAAUAAUAUUCAUUAUAUGCUUAGGAAAAGGGAAAGCUAAGAAAAAGGGCAGAAGAGAUAGAAGAAAGGAAUCUAUCAUAUAUAACAUAGAGUUGUUGAAUGGAA